AUGUUACGAGUAAAACAUUUUGAAAUACCAAAGCCGACGUCAUUUUUAUAUUUUCUGGAUUUACAGAUUGGCACAGAGCUAAUUAUUUUUUUUUCUAUUUUAAAUAAGGCUUCUGGCAUUUAUGGAUUUUUUGUAACAUUAAUUAACUAUUCUUCUUUAAGUAUGUCUUUAUGGAAAAUGUUUAUGUAUUUUUACUCUUUACUUGUAUUGCUUGGGUUCACAAUGAUGAUAAAAUAUAUUCGAAUAGAAUCUCCUUUUCAUAUAUUGAUUUGUGCUUAUUUUUACUUUAUUGAUACUUUUAUUAGUUCUUUAUAUUCUGCAAUAUUCACAAUUGUAUGGUUUAUGAAUAUAUUUAAACAUGCAAUAAUUUCUUCUGGUGUUGGAAAAUUGGUUAGUUCUCAAAAAUCGGAAAUAAUUGAAUUAUGGUCUUCUAAUAAUUCUGAAUACGCACAUGAUAAUUCAAUUAUGUUUUUUUCUAUCGAAAAUCUUUUUACCGUCUUUAUUUUAUGCUUUUUUUUAUGCUUAAAGAUAUAUUUUUGUCUCGUUGUGUUCUCAUAUGCACGUUAUUUAUUCUUGCGAACAGGAAAUAUGUAUAAAUAUUUACAUAACGAACGAAUAAAGAAAUUGGUGUCUCUAUUGACUUAUGGGAAAUAUUGGGAAAAGGCUGAUAAUACCUCUCGUAAGAUUAAAUGUUCAUUGGAUCUUAAAGUGUUUAAUGCUAGAUUACUAGAUGGAAAUUUUUGA